GGUCGCGGGGAGGGCCUUUGAAGCUUGAGGACCUGACGCAGGUCGACGCUGCGACGUUUUCGACUGAUCAUUUGCUGCAGUUGCGCUCUGGCACUUUGCGUUCCUUUCAUUUGUAGUUGAAGCUCUCCACACAGAACUCUCAGGGUGAGGUGGCAUGAUGUCAGAGCGUAGAACCGGCGCGGCCCCAGCGGAAGCGCCAACCCUCGCUUCACGCUCCAGCGUCGCAAUGCCUAGCGGCGUCGUGUCGUCGCUGUUGCCAGCGCACGCGCAUGCAGAUGAGGAUCUGGACGAGGAGCGUGCGGAGCGCACUGCGCUGCUCAGCCGGUCCUCCGGAGGGGCGAAACCGGUGGUCGCGCACGCCGACACUGGCAAGCCAGCCCCCCAGCGGAAACCAGGGCCUAUCGCUGGCAUUCCCUUCGGCGCGCUCGUAUCCGGAGUGUGCUACUGCUCGGCCUCAGCGUCCAUGGUGCUGCUGAACAAGCACGCGCUUGCGUCAUUUAGCUUCACAGCGCCCAAUGCGCUGCUGUGCUUCCAGUGCGUGCUUGCGGUCAUCCUGGUCAAGCUUUGCGAAGCCGCUGGUUUUGUCAAGCUGCAGCCGCUCAAGCCUAAGCUCAUCGGGGUGUGGUUCCCGGUGAACCUCAUCUUCGUGGCCAUGCUGGGCACGGGCUUCUACGCCCUCAAGGAGAUGGGCAUUGGCAUGUUCAGUGUGUGGAAGCAGCUGGCCAACCUGACCACAGCCCUGGGUGACUUGUUCAUCUUCAAGAAGACCUACCCCUGGCCCGUGUGGGCAUGCCUCUCGCUCAUGAUUGCAAGCGCCGUGGUGGGCGCCUCCACGGACUCGCGCUUCACCUGGGUGGGCUACUCGUGGCAGAUUGCCAACUGCUUGUUCACGUCGGCGUACGCGCUGCACCUGCGCUCCGUCAUGGACCGCGUAACCGACUACACCACGGACGGUGGCAAGAUGGACGAGUUCAGCAUGGUGUACUACAACAACCUGCUGUCCAUCCCGCCCAUCCUGGUGCUCAUGUGGUUCUUCGGCGAGUACGAGGGCCUCAUGGCGCAGACGGCGCUGCGCAACCCCAGCUUCCAGAUGGUGGCCAUGGUGGGCGGCGUCCUGGGCUUCGCCAUCAGCUUCAGCAGCCUGUGGUUCCUGUCCCAGACCACCGCCACCAUCUACUCGCUCAUCGGCUCGCUGAACAAGAUCCCCAUCGCCAUUGUGGGCAUGCUGGCGUUCGCGGAGCCCACCAACCCCAAGAACCUGUCCUCCAUUGUGAUUGGGCUGGGGGCGGGCGUUAUGUUCACACAAUACAAAAGCAAGAAGUAGGCAGGGCGGCUUGCAUUUGAUGUUUAGGCGUGUGUGCGGUCACACGUUUCGCAUAAGGACGUGGGCGGUUGCCAGUGCAGUGGCUGGUGGAAAGCGUUCUACAAGCUUUUGCAGCAUGGACGGGGUGAAGUAUGCGAAGACAAGCUAGGAGUUGCAGGCGGGUGUUUCUAUCAUAUUUAUGAAGCGUUUAGUGUACAAACUCUGGGAUAUGAGUGCGCUUGGCGAGCGAAGGGCUGCACUGUGAGAGAACAACUUCAGCUCAUGCAGUCAACUGUUUGCUGUCUGCUUGGGGUAUGGGCGUCCGCUGCACCCUAUGGGACCUCGCCAACCUGCCUGAACCCUGUCCCAUCACACACUCAUGCAGUCAUGCUGCAGUGGGUGAGUGGGCGGUUCACGUCCACACUAGUAUCCAAAGCUGGGUUAAAGGCGCCCUGUGGCGAUGCCCCUGUCAAAGGCAUGACAUGCAUCCCGUCCUUAGCACAUCCACCGUAUCCUGACU